AUGUCCCACCCUGAUCAACAGUCCAAUAACACUCACCUAUUCCAAUCUCAAGAAAUAGGUGCCGUCCUGGUUUCGAACCUGCGCAAACAGGUUAUGAGCCCUGAUACUGUUACAGUUUGUCCUACCUGCUCUUUAGGAAAAGGUCUUAUUAAGAAGGGGACUAACUCUAGAACUAAAUAUACCAGUCCACUUCAACUCAUUCAAGUUGACCUAUGCGGAAAUUUUCGUUACAAAGAGUAUCAAUCUAAUCGAUAUUUUAUGACGAUUAGAGAUGCUUAUACAAGGUACUAUACUGUCAUCCACUUGAAGACAAAGAAAGAUGCCACUCAAAAACUUAUUGACUGGAUCAACCAAACUGAAAACUUCUUUACUUCAAGAGGUAGUUACAAAGUUGGCAGUAUUAGAACCGACAAUGGGGGUGAAUUUAAGAACAACAUACUACAUGAGUAUAUGACCUCUAAAGGCAUCACUCAUGAACUGACUAUCCCAUAUAGUAGUUUUCAGAACGGUGCUGUCGAGCGUGCUCACAGAACUAUUGAAGAAAGGACUAGAUGUCUGUUGAUUUCCGGUAGAGUUCCACCACAAUUAUGGAGUGAAGCUGUUUCAUGUGCGGUAUAUCUUAUUAACCGUACUCCUGUAUCUUCCAAGAAGAAUAUUAUCCCAGCCGUUUUAUGGUUUCAGUUGGAUUCGUUUAACUUUAACAAUUUACGGACUUUUGGAUGUGCUGCAUAUAUCACAUUGCCUCCUCAGCUCCGUGACGGUAAACUAUCUCCCACAUCCAUUAAAGGUGUUUUUGUCGGAUAUGAUUCUCAUCAUAAAGGAUAUAGAAUAUAUGAAGUUGACACUGGUAAGAUCUUUGUCAGUAGACAGGUAACUUUUGAUGAGAAUGUCUUUCCACUAGAAGGAUUAUCUAUUGAAGACCUGUCUGAACAGUACACGACUUCUCCAGUUAAUGGUGUUCCAUCUUAUUCCACAGUAACUAGUGGCUCUAGUUCAUAUUGUCCUUCUGGAAAUGUUACUGUGUUGUCUCUACCUCCAUCACCUCCAUCUGAUGCUCCUAAUAGUGAUAUUUCAGAUCCCGAUACUGAUAUGUCAGACAUUUCCCAAGAACAAUCAGUUUCUCAUGAUUCCAUGGAUACUGAUCCAGACCAACUAUCUGAUCAUUCCCUAAACGAUACACAAUCAUUCUCUUCUGUUCCUUCUCAUAGCUCCGAUUCGACGUUUAAUCCUACGUCUUCCAGUGAUAAUAACAAUUCAUGCGUUGACGCGAUAUCGAAGCGAACCCGUUCCGAAAGUUGUGUCACUGUCCCGGUCUCUCCUGAAGAAGCUACCAUUGAUUCACCAUCUUCUUCUUCUCGGUUAUCUUCUGAGACUCCUUCAUUAACAGGAGUUAUUCAAUCUCUAGCUGAUUCUUUUACACGCCGCUCCAUAGAACAUUCACCUUCCCUUUCCUCAUCGCAGCCAAGACAGAAAACGUCAAGUGAAUCCAUUGCUACAGAUAUUUACAAUGGUCCUCAAUCGGAAUUUCCUGUUACUCGAUUUUCAAAAAAUAGGAAGGUUCACUUAGACGAUAUGGAUGCUGACGUUGGUGUUGGUAAUCAAUUAACAACACUGGAUGAUCAAAUGAUUCAUGAAAUUGGUCUUCUUCCAAACACUCCUCUCAAUCCUUCCACAACAGUUGUCACAAGGCCGGUGGCGGAUAUUCACACCGACGCUAUACGUGCACAACUGUCAUCAAAUUCCAAUAAUUUUUCUGCUUCGUUACCAUCUACAUGGUUUCCUUCUGGUAUUCCCGUUGGCCAAAUCGCUCUUCCUCCCCCAAUGAGUCCGUCACCUAUCGAAUCUCCUGGUCUCAGCACGGAUUCAUUUUCCAUAGUCUCACGAGGUGAUCUUACCUCAUCGAGUGAUUCUCCACUGGUGCCACCCUCAACUAAUGGGUCUCCACUGAAUUUUGCGUUGUUUGCGGUCUGGUUAGCUAGCUCUAUUAGUCAGAAAACUUCCAAGGCUCCCACAACAAUUAAACAGGCCCUUUAUGGCCCUGAUGGUGCUGAAUGGCGUGCUGCUUGCCUUAAGGAAUUAUCUGCAUUUAAAGAACACCAGACGUUUUCACUCGUCCCUCCUCCGUCUGAUGGUCGUUCUCUAGGUACUCGCUGGGUAUUUACUAUAAAGGAUGAUGGAAGAAAGAAAGCUCGACUUGUUGCACAAGGAUUCCGUCAGAAAGAAGGCAUUGAUUACACUGAAACAUUUGCUCCGGUUAUUCGCUACGAUAGUGUUCGUGUCUUUUUAGCACUGGCUUGUUGCUUAAAUCUUCGUAUCCAUCAGAUGGAUGUUAAUACCGCCUUCUUAAACUCAGAUAUGGAGGAGUCGGUCUAUGUCAAGCAACCACCUGGUUUCAUUGAUUCUGAUCCUGCUCAUGAAGGGUGGGUCUGGAAAUUACAUGGGGGUAUGUACGGGUUAAAACAGGCUCCUCUACUUUGGAACAAACAUAUUAAUCGUUCCCUCACUUCCUUGGGCUUUACCCGAAAUGAGAAAGAGUUUGGUCUCUAUUUCAAACAAACUGCUGACGGUCCUUUAUUUGUUGCUCUAUAUGUCGAUGAUUUGUUGAUUGCUGCUCCAUCCCCACGAAUCAUCUCCCUAACUAAGAAGAAAUUACAAGAAAUCUACUCUAUGAAGGAUCUUGGUCCUGUAUCCAAAUUUCUCGGUAUGAAUAUUACCCAAUUUCCCAACGGUAAUAUCACGCUAUCAUUAGCAGAUUAUAUUGCCAAAGCUGCCGCUGAUCAACAAACUCCCCUACAUAAGAAAGUUCACAUUCCCCUAUCUCCCACGAUUAAUUAUUUUGAUUCUAAUUCUCCUGCUGCUAAAAACAUUACUACUUAUCAAAGCAUAGUUGGUCAACUUAUCUUUAUUGCUAACGCAGGCCGUCCUGAUAUUGCUUAUGCUGUCUCGCUGCUUUCUCGGUUCCUUAAGGAUCCUCGUGUAGUUCAUUUAAAUGCUGCUCAUCGUGUUUUGCAAUACCUUUAUACUACUCGUUUCCAUGGUCUCGCUUAUCGUGCAGGCUCACCGCUUCAGCUCACUGUCUAUUCUGAUGCUUCGCAUGGUUCUUUGGCGGAUAUGCCCUUCUCAACGGGGGGUUAUGUCACUCGCCUAGCUGGUGGUUGUGUCACUUGGUCAUCUAAAAAGAUCAAGACAACAGUUUGUCUUUCCUCCACCGAAGCAGAAUAUAUUGCUGCUAGUGAAGCUGUUAAAGAAAUUGAAUGGUUAGGUGAUCUUACUACUGUUAUGGAUCUCACACUAAACAAAACAAAAUUAUAUGUUGACAAUGAACCAGCAAUUAAGUUAAGUAAGAAUCCAGUAAUGCAUCCAAGAACUAAACAUAUCGCACUGAGAUAUCACAAAAUCAGACAUGCAGUGGAACAGGAUAUUGUUGAUUUGGAAUAUGUUAAUACAAAAGACCAACAGGCUGAUAUCCUAACUAAAAUUUUAGCUAAAUCCCAAUUUGAAACCUUAAGAGAUGAAUUAGUCUCAAAUUUAACUACUUAA